ACAAUCGUAAGAAUAAUUCGCUUUAUAGUCGUGUUGAUUGUCACAGUACCUUCAGUAUUUUUUAUAAUAAUUAAUAAUUUUUAAACAGCUAGCCAUUUAAUUUAUUUCUCUUUAAUAAAGUAAUUACAAGAUAUAUUAGAAGACCAUAAUGAUUGGACGCAACUUUUUAAUAAUAAUAAUAAUGCAAUUUUUAACCAUUGGUAUUUUAUGCAAUGCAUACUCCGAGGACAGAAUUAAUAAAUCAUUGGAGGAACUUGCAGCUUUGGACGGUUACAAAGUGGAACCACAUAAAAUAAUCUCGGAAGAUGGUUACGUGUUAAUAGGUCAAAGAAUCUCUUCCACCAGAAACUCGACACUGAAACACAAAAAUCCAAUAAUGUUCUUAAUAGGAAUGUGCGCUUCUUCGGAAUGUUACGUUGUUAUGGGAAAUCUGUCGAUUCCGUACGUAUUAGUUGAGAACGGCUACGAUGUUUGGAUUAUGAAUCCCAGAGGAAACGAGUACAGUAAUCGACACCUUAAGUGGGACUCAACGAAGGAUAGAGAAUAUUGGAACUUCACUUUAUUUGAAAUGGCUUAUUAUGAUGUUCCAGCAAGUAUAGAUUAUAUUUUAAACGUGACAAACACCAAGAGCUUAUCAGUCAUCGGUCACUCCCAAGGAUCAACCAUAAUGUUUAUGGCGUUGGCCGCAAGAGUUGAAUACAAUGACAAAGUUAAUUUGGGUGUUCACUUGGCACCUUCGUUGUACGUUAACGAAACAGAUACGCCCUUAUUAUUGUUUCUCAAGAAACAUGUUCAUACACUCGAGCAUUUAACGAUAGAUUUUUUCAACAUUCAUUUUGUGCCACAUAUUAAAGGUACAUUAAAAGGAAUAAAUGAAGCCUGUAAUUUGAGCCCUGGUAUAAAAAGUAUUUGUGAACUUGUUCUCAAAUUCAUAGAUUAUGGGGUCGACUUUAAGGAGUAUUAUGACAAUGAGGCCAUAUUAACAGCAUUAGGACAUGCUCCAUCUGGAUGUUCAACCAAAGUUUUAUUUCAUUACGCACAAUUCUAUGCGUCAGGUAAACUUCAACAAUACGAUUAUCAACUAAGAGGGAAUUUAAGAGAAUAUGGAACACCAGAACCACCAGCAUAUUACGUUAGUAAUAUAACAUCUCCAAUGGCACUUUUUUACCAUCCAUUAGAUUUCAUUCUUCCUGCUAAGGGGAUUAAUCGUUUGGUUAAUGAGUUACAAAAACCGAUUCGGUUUGAAAUACAAGACAAAAACUUCAGACAUAUAACUUAUCUUAUAAGUAAAUUAGUAGGAAUUAUUAUUCCAGAUUUGUUGAAAAUUUUAGAAAAAUAUAACCAUUAAUAUUU